AUGUCUCGAGAUAAAUCGAAUUCUAUAUCUCAAUUAAAUAAAGUACUUCCUGUUCCUAUUGAACUUAAUAACGGGGAAUCAUUAGAAGAACAUCAAAUUAAUCAUCUUAAUCAUAUUACUAAUGUAAUUGUUGGAGAAUAUCAUUUAAUAUCAGGAGAAUAUGGUAAAAGUUAUAUAUCAUGGCAAAUUAAAAUUACAAUUAAUGAUUUAGAUUAUUCUUCAAUUAUUUUAUAUAAACGUUAUAAUGAAAUUUAUCAACUACGACAAGAUUUAUUACAUAUUUUUCAUGAUUCAAGAGAAGUAAAUAUCCCAGAAUUACCUCCAAAGGAUAAUUUAAGUAUAGAUAGAUUUUUAAUGAGUAAAAAUUGGUUAGAAGAUAGACGUAAAGGUUUGCAAUGGUUUUUAAGUAAUGUUUUAUUAGAUCCGGUAUUCCAAAAUUGCAAUGUGGUUAAAUCGUUCGUUCUUGGUCGAUAG